AGGCGCUCGUAGCUGCUAGGGCUCGCUCGUUACUGCGCCCCCGUACGUGUUUACUAGCUAGCUUCUCACUAGCCUUCAGUCACGUUACAUUGCAUUAGGGUAGAACAACAAUAUUUUAUAUAAAUGAAUUAGCUCAACGAGGAACGUGCCUACCGAGGACGAGCGAGAAAACGUGCAACUGCGUGGUGGGAAGGCUGAGUUAGCGAAACAUAGAGAAACCGCUCAGCUAACGUUAGCUUGCUAGUUCGGGGUUUCCUGACCCACCGAAGCUAUUGCAACUGCUGGUGGAGAGGCGCAACCGAGAGAGGAUAGCUAGCUACUAGAGGGAGGAAAUGAAGGACAAACAGAAGAGAAAGAAGGAACGUACGUGGGCUGAGGCGGCUCGCAUGGUAAUAUACUACUUAUUAUUAGUUGUAAUUUAGUAUGUACUGACAGCCCCUGUGCGACAGGGUAGACGAACAACACUCGGCAACCGAACAAAGAUUGUUCAGAGCCUGGGCUGUCUGGUUGGCACUGCACGCAGCCCGCUAACGCUAGCUAGCGGGGAGUACUUCAACAUUAAAUCGCCAGCAUGUUAACAAUGGAAUAAAUACAUGCAUUGAGCCCCUAAUAACGAAAUACCUUUUUUUUAUUCGCUAUUCCGCGUGUGGCUGUAGCUAAACUAACCCUCAUUGUUGACAAGCACAUAGCUAGCUGGCUAACGUUAGGGGGUACGUCUGCCUUCCCGUUUGACCCUUUGUUUGCUAGCUAGCGAGUUAGCGUAACUCACUGUAUUAGCAAGUUAAUGUUAGCCAGACAACCACCAUUCAUUGAACAUGUAGCUACAUAUAUUUCCUAGGUAUCCACCCAAACUGUUUCCCAGCUAACGUUAAUUACACUAUCUGUUCGUAUUUUAACACAUUUAGCCAGGCCCUUCUGUGGCUAGAGUCAACAAGGGUCAGGGGGGCAUAACGUUAACGUUACCACCCCCAGUUUAGCUAAUGUUAGCUAUCUAGGUGGCAGCUAGCUACAACCAUAUAAAGAUUGAUAAAGCCGUCUUUAUGUAUCCAUCAUCAUAGUUUUGGAUAGCUAAGCUGGUGCAUGCAUGCAAAUGUUUUUAUGUAGCCAUGUUGAUAAAUAAGCCAGCUAAAAAAGUAGCUUGUAGGCUACCACAAUGGUAUACAAAUCAUGUCUGUGUUCUUGUGUACUGCAAGUCCUCAAUGCUGCUUUUUGACUGUAACACCAGUGUUACACUAGUGUAUACACCCUUAUGUAAUACUAGGGAAAUUAUUUCCAUAACUAGGGCUGCCAGUGAGGUUAUGUGAAGAGCAGGAACCUCUGCAUAAUCAAAACAGUUGUGAGAAUGUGUUAAAGUUCAGUCAGCCAUUGUUAUGUAAAUACAAGCUGACAAGUACCAGUGGCCUGGCUUUGGCCUCAAGUGAGAGCAGAUCCACCGGAGCAUUGGCCCAAUGAGACACAGGUGCCAGCCCGUAGAUGGAAACAGAAAAGUCUGAGCCUUUUGGGUAAAACACAGGGGUAAAUUCUGUUUGGAAAUGCACCACAGACCCAGUGUUCUUCUAUGGUUAGUGCAUUCCUGGACCGUUGGGACAUCCCUACCCUUACCAAACCUUAACCCUUACUUAACCAUUUAAAAUCCCAAAUGUCAUUCAUUUCUCGGCCAUGGAUUCAUCUGCUACAAUACACAAUAUUCUCUAUGCUUUGUAGAGGGGUCUAAAUAUCCAGGUCUCCUACACAAUCAUUAUAUUGCAUCAGAAAGUAUUUGGAUUGUGUGUGUGUGUGUGUGUGUUAGAAAAGGGAUACAGGAUUGGGAAUGUCAUGAGGCUGUUUAUGUCAUGCCAAUCAGAACUGUCUUUAUGCUGAGCAGGAUGAUCAGCCACCUACAUUAGUUAUGCAGAGCCCUAACACGGUGCACAUUUACUGCUAUAAACAGUCUGCAUCUAGCAAAAGUCCAUCCAUUUCAAUGGGAGGCAGUCUACUCUUCUGCGACUGCCAGACGAGGCUGCGUUGCAUAGCAGUAUCAUUGGUGCUUCUUGGGGAUCUUGAACUGGAUGUAGUUAAUUACAUUUUACAUUAAAGUCAUUUAGCAGACGUUCUUAUUCAGAGCGACUUACAGUUAGUGAGUGCAUACAUUUUUCAGACUGUCCCCCCGUGGGAAACAAACCCACAACCCUGGCGUUGCAAGCGCCAUGCUCUACCAACUGAGCUACACGGGGCUACAAUGACGCAUUCUAUUCAGUUCACAUGGCUAUAAAUCCUACCAUGUUUUAUAUUGUACAUGCAUACUGCAGAUGCGUUAUAGCUCAACUUUGGCUAAUUUCUCCUUCCUAAUAUGGGUGUGAAAGUUACUUAGAUGCACAGGGCCGCAUUUUAGGAUAUGGCUCUGUUUCGUUGCCAGACCCUAUCAAAUCAAAUGUUAUUUGCCACAUGCGCCGAAUACAACAGGUCAGUGAACAACCUUACAGUGAAAUGAUUACUCACAAGCCCUUAACCAACCAUGCAGUUUUAAGACAAGAAAAAGGGUGAUAAGUAAAAAAUAAAAAUAGCAAAUAAUUAAAGAGCAGCAGUAAAACAAAAUAACAGUAGGGAGGCUAUAUACAGGGGGGUACUGGUACAGAGUCAAUGUGCGGGGGCACCGGUUAGUCGAGGUAAUUGAGGUAAUAUGUACAUGUAGGUAGAGUUAUUAAAGUGACUAUGCAUAGAUAAUAAACAGAGAGUAGCAGCAGUGUAAAAGGGGGGGGGGGGCAAUGCAAAUAGUCUGGGUAGCCAUUUGAUUAGAUGUUCAGGAGUCUUAUGGCUUGGGGGUAGAAGCUGUUUAGAAGCCUCUUGGACCUAGACUUGGCGCUUCGGUACCGCUUGCUGUGCGGUAGCAGAGAGAACAGUCUAUGACUAGGGUGGCUGGAGUCUUUGACCAUUUUUAGGGCCUUCCUUUGACACCGCCUGGUAUAGAGGUCCUGGAUGGCAGGAAGCUUGGCCCCAGUGAUGUACUGGGCCAUACGCACUACCCUCUGUAGUGCCUUGCGGUCGGAGGCCGAGCAGUUGCCAUUUCAGGCGGUGAUGCAACCAGUCAGGAUGCUCUCGAUGGUGCGGCUGUAGAACCUUUUGAGGAUCCAUGCCAAAUCUUUUCAGUCUCCUGAGGGGGAAUAGGCUUUGUCGUGCCCUCUUCACGGCUGUCUUGGUGUGUUUGGACCAUGAUAAUUUGUUGGUGAUGUGGACACCCAAGGAACUUGAAGCUCUCAACCUGUUCCACUACAGCCCUGUCGAUGAGAAUGGGGGCGUUCUCAGUCCUCUUUUUUUUUCCCUGUAGUCCACAUUUGCUGAGGCAUACAGAAAUGCCAGAACAAUUAGUACAUUACUGUUCUCUGCCUAUCAGCAUCCAUGCACGCCAUGGCAGUGCUACAAAGCUCUGUGCCAUUUGGGGUUUUGACUGUGUGGAGAAUGCAUGUAUUUAUAAGCUAAGGCCCAUAUGUCACUGCCAAUCCUUGUGGCGAGAAUGUGUAGGCUAGGCUAGCUUUUGGGAGCAUAAACAAGAUUUAUAGGCUGAGACUACUACAGGAGUCCAGUGUGUUCCGAAGCGUGUGCUAUGCCAUGCUAGGUUUGUGGGUAAAAGAAGCAUGUUCAAACUGAGGACUUUUCUCAUUUGCAGAGGCAUACAGAAAUGACCGACCAAUUAGUGUCACAAGACAUACACAGGCUUGAAACACACAAAUACCUUGCACGCUCACACAUUCAGAUAGCUGAGGAUGGGCAGGUGUGAACUUGUGCCAGUGGCAGGUUCUUUUAUUUCUCCACAGAUUGCAGAGAACCCUGAUAGGUCUAACUUAUUGACCAUCUGGCCCCUUGAGUUCCUCGGGGACUGUUUUCCAUUUUUUCUUUUUCUGCUGGGACAGGGACAAGGACAACAGAAAUGUUACAUUGAUUGCCACAUGUCGUAGCAUUCUGUUAUUCACCAACGGCUCACCUAAUCAUGGGGCAUACGGUUUCUCUAUUGGGAUCUGCAUCUUUAGUGUGCGUGUGGUUGGUGGAGCGCUUGGAGGCUUUGUCUGCUUGUCUCUCCCUGACCAAAAUACCCUUCCUCUCUGUUCCAUUUCCUGCAUGCAUGUCCUUGGGUUCAUUUGAAGCAGCGCUCUACUACCAAGUCUGUAUUAUGUAUUGUUCCUUCUCAUGCAUCCUGUCAUGACGACACACGGAGAGGCGCUGGAUCGAUCUCACAACCCCAAGCACCUAUCCAUCUCAGGUCUUUUCAUCUUCAGCAUUGCAAUUAAUCAAUAAUUCACUGUAUUUUUAAGUGAGUUGAGAUGGCUUUUAAAACCACCAAUGUUACUAGGCUAUUAAGCUACAUCGCCUGAUAGAUAUUAAUUGGUUCACCUAGAGUGAUGGGCCUAGUUGUGGGUUCAUUUUGUGUUGUUUACUAUUUCUCUGUCUUAGCAUAUGGCUUCAAUCUCCACAUUCUGCUGGCAAAGCUUGAGUGGUUAACUCAGCUGUUUUAAGCAUUUUAAUAAAUGCUUUUUAAAGUUUUAGCCACUGCCUUUCUGAGUCUUCCAUUCAUGAGGUAUGGAGUUCGCAUUUUGUUGAUCUUUUGCACCCAAUAUUUCUGAAGCUGCUGUAUUCACUGACUGGAUGUAUGGUACAGAUUCAUAGUUAGGAGUAAGCUAACCCAUUCAUAGAGGCUAACUACAUUUAGCGCCUAUUGAAGAUACUAUCUUCUGGCCGGGGGAGUUUUGUUUAGAGCCUCGAUGCUCAUUCUGAACAUUAAAACACAUCGCUUGCGUUACGGUUUUGGAAACAAAAGGAAUGUGUCUUUCAUCAGUGAGAAAUAAUUUAAUAAAGGUAAAAUUACUACACCUUUUUAUAGGGUUAGUGUUUCCACACAGCCAUAUCUCCAUGUUACUGCGCUUGUUUACAGAAGAUGUAGGCGGCCACCUGUGCUAAUUAGCUAUCUAGUGUGCUCCGAACACCUGUGUGUUAGCGUAAAUGGAGAGGAAGUGUAGUUUGUCAACUGGAGGCACACACAGCGUAUGGAUCUGUGCAAAACUGCUACAGUAAGUGUUUUUUUUUUAUUUGAAAAAUUCAUUCUUGCUGAUAUGACAGAUAUGGGGAAUAUCAGCAUAUGUUUCGAAAACGAUUUCGCAAGCGAUGAUUAUUGACGUUAACCCUGAAUGUUAAAACACAGUGUCAGAGAUGUAGUUCACUAGGGCUGUCGCCCCCCCCCCCAAAAAAAAUGUAGGUAGACCGAGAGUCGUCUGUUUUUCGACCAAUUAAUUGGUCAACAUUUUUCCAUAUGUAGACACAUCCUAUGUGUCUUAGUCAAAUCAACUAGCAUGGACCUUGUCUGAUGCUUUAGGCACACUGUUUGAUGAAAUAAUUAAGACACACAAAUGACCAGAGGGAGUCCGACCGCAAUUGAUUUGAUUGUGCUGGAUCGGGCUCAGACUUGCUGCACUGUAAAAAAGAAAAAAGCCAGUGACUAUGUGACUAGCACCCGUUGUGUCUCUCUCGUUCCUGCUGCAGUGACCACCACAGAACAUCAACAGUGUUUAUCACGCUGUCCGUGUUGCUGAAGAUGCAACAUAAUUACAGCCAUUUCUGACUGAAAAGUUCUGUUACUGAAAUCCCUCAUUUGUUUAGGAAAAACAUUCCCUAUUCCCUCAAACCUUUCUCCAUAUCUCUUCAAGUGACACAUGUAUGCAUCACAUGCACGUGACCAACAGGGCCUGACCUAUAGCAUAUCAUAACCACAAUAAUAAAUAGGUUAUAACAAACGCCGAACACCGUAACACGUGACAGCAAAAUGGAUGCAGAGGACGUGACAAAUAAACUCGAAACGGGGGAAUGUUUACUGGUUGCUCAGGAGGUAAAGGGGAAGUCUGGUGUGUAGAAUACAUUUGACUAGUUGUGGAAAAUACUGGAGAUCAAGAAAAAUAAGGUAAGGAGCAAGCGCUGCGUGCAUAUUAUGUGUGCCAAACAGGUGCUGUUAGAUUACAAUAUAAUUUUUCUGAUCGUUUGGAACUAUGUAAACAACACAAAAUAAAUGAUAAGCGUACCAGAGUCUCUUAAUAUUUUUGAUUUUUUUGUAAAUCCUUUAUUACAGCAAAGACUAAAAUCAGUCUAAUUUAUGAUUGAUUGCUACAGUACUGUAGCCUAUAUUAUAAGUAUUGAAAUAUAGGCCUAAGUAAGUUACGGUAUUAAGACUAAACAGGAUGUGCUCUGAGGCCUACAGCUCGAUGGUGGUUAUUCAAGGCUGCUAUACUAAGCCUACUAAUGAUAAUGACGUGACUUAUUAUUAUAAUGAUGAUCAUAACAAUAAUAGUAAUAAUACCAAUAAGGAGAUCAAGAAAAAUGAGGGUUAUUAUUAUAAAUAAAUAAAAAUCGGACAAUUUGGAACUGUGUAAACACUAAAUAAAUUAUAAAUGAUACCAGAGAGGCUGUUCUAAUGAGGGGAAAAAAAGUGUAAUGCCUUUAUUACAGCAUGGCAAAGAUUAAAAACAGCCGAAGUUGUGAUAUUGUUUAUCCGACUUGUUGUGGUUGCGUGAGGCUUGGUGCUCAUAGAAUCAGUAGGCUAUUAAACAAACACUCAAACAGGCAACAGAAGCAGGAUCUGUCUUAUUUCUGUAGAUAUAUAUGGAUGAUUUAUAAAGCCAGGCAUAUUUAAGUUAGGCUAUUAAUUAUAGACCUAAUUAAGUUGGGGUUUCCGCUCUCCUCACUUCUUAGACAAUUAAGGCAAGGGCUGUUUUCUCAUCUCCUAACUCCGCUGCUGCCUCCACCGCAUUGUUCUCAACUCCAAUAUGCUGUUUAACUUUGCUAUUAUGCACAUAGCAACAUGGUCUAGGAAAAGGCGACCGCUAUCCAACGCGGGAGAAAGCGCAUUUGUUAAAAAAUAUUAUGUUCAUUAGUGUUGCACCAUUGUUCUUAAGUUCUAUAACCAUAUACAAUUUCAGUAGCAUGUCUUAGAGUGAUGGUCUGUGCCAUCCCUACAACCUCCACAGUGGAUCAGUCCACUCAGACAGGUGCAAAUCAGACAGGUGUCUUGUACACCAGUAUUAUUGUUUCUUUUAUUUUUGCUACUGCUCGACUAAAUAAAUCCCGGUCGACUAAACAAUCCACCAGUCGAAUAAAUGGGGUCAGCCCUAGUUCACACGCAGCCAACCGUGGGCGAAGCUAACCGCUGAAAACCCUACUGAUUAAUAUUUUUUCAGAGAUCUAUGAUUAGGCCUAACACUCAGAUUUUCUGUGUGUGUUCAUUACUUAUUGUAAUGUUCUUCCAGGUUCUAGAGAACUUCUCUGAUGCCCCCAUGACGCCCAAGCAGAUCCUGCAUGUUAUCCAGACCAAGGGACUCAAGGAAAUGAGGUAAACAAGCACCCCACACAUUUAAUUAACGCUGAUCUCUACAGUAAUAUGUAACAUAUGUACAAUAAUACUAUUGCUCAUUUUAUGUAAAAUAUGUCCAUGAGAAGAAAUGUUUCUAACUCACUUUCUAAUUUUUCACCAUUUCCCCAUGAUCUCUACCUGGCCUGAUACACAAUGUGUUCCACAAAAACAGAAGGUGAGAUGGCACAAUAACAAAGGGACAAUAUUUCCAUUGUUUUUUUGGCUGUCUCUUUGCAUACCAUAGUAUUACCUUGCAAGUUCACAUUUUUUGUCUUUCUCUCACACUUGUGCUGCUUCUCACACUCAUCUCCUCCGCUCUUCUCUGUCCAUCAGUGGCACGGCCCCUCUGGCCUGUCUGGUGACCAUGCUGCACUCCCAGGUGAGGGGGGACCGAGUGAAGAACAGCAUCUUCUUCAAGCUGCCUGGCAGGAUGAGUCUGUUCACUUUAAAGGUAUGGAACCAGCGCACUCCACUCACCCAUUCACCCACAUACCUCUUAUCCCUACCCCUUAUAAACCUCAUACAAACCCCUACCUGGAAUACACACGCACACACGUUUCUGAUAGCAGUCUCUUUUCUGACUGUCCCUCUGCAGAAGAACGCUCUGCAAUGGACCAAGAGUUCGACAGAGGCGGAGACAGCUGACACCACCACACCGGCUACCGCUACCACUGCAACAGCAGGGCCAACGGAAGGGGUGGAGCAAGAGAGCUGUGACUCCAUGGAAACGGUUGCGGCCAGCGGAGAGAAUGACGGUGUGUAUGGUCAUGAUCACCACAUGCUUUUAUCAGAUAUAAUGUAGUGGAGGGUAAAUGUACAUAAAUUCAUUUUUUAUUUGGUGUUUACAUCUACUGUAAAUUAGCGUUUACAUUACUUACCGCUAGUGUUGUCACAAUACCAGAUUUCUUAGGGCUUACUUUUACCAUAGCCUAUACAUAAUGCAAUAAGCAUUAUCAUCUGUAGCCCAGUUGAUGCAGCAUAAUGGCAAAAUAAAUAGGCUGAAGCACGAGAUUGCAUAUAUGUAUACCCCAUUGGGCUAACGCGCCUAACCAUGCUGAUGUACUCCGUUUUAAAACUGUGCAGUUUGCGCUCAUUUUUAGGAGUUGUAGUAGCGAUCCAAAGCUGGGAUUCCCUUUUGUUUUUUUACAAAGGCCAUCACAAGUUCUUUCAAAUGCGUUUUCCCCAUGAUUGCAUUAAGAAAUGUUGUGCAUCAUUGACUGCUUAUCAGAAUGUUUCGGGAGUAAUAUUUAUUUCUCGCAUGGCACACACAACAACAAGCUGACUAGGUAAAUAGGUCAACUAUUCUACUAUGAGGUUAUCUGAUUUGCUGUUCGUUACUCGUCUUGUUCAGACAAAUUACUGGACCGACUUAAUCCUCUGUCAGUGUAUGACAUGAGACACAUUUGAUAGAAGAACCAAAAGUAACACAUUCCAGUACCGGACCAUUUUUCAAGUUUCGGUACACCGUGCAACGCGACUCACCGCCCAUUUUCUCAACCACCGUUUACAGUUUAUCCACCAUUUGUUUUCACCACUACAUCCCUGGUCUUUAUUAAGCACAAAAAUAAAAUACUAUUAAAUCACUGUGACUGCCCUGUUCAAAGGUGCUUUCGAAAACAACACCGGAAUAUGUAUCGUGAUAAAGCCCACGAGAGUGCUUUUAAACAACAACUGGAAAUCAGACAGGUUUUGUUCCUAAGGAUGUGUUUGUUGCCAUGGUUACAGGCACACAUUACACUGCCAACCCUGGCCUAGGUAAAACAAAAAAAAGCAUUUAUUGUUUGCAUUUGUAUGGGAGCUCCUGUUUAUGUGAGUGCAUGGCUGAACAAUUCUAGAUGAUAAACACACCAUCACCAAUUGUGAUAACGGAAACCGAAACGUGCAGUGUGAAAAGCCUUAUAGUCAGUGUAUGUGGUCCAUGGACCAUUUGUCAUCAACUAAGCCAGUUGGAACCCAGUAAAGAGCAAAACAAUUUGAUAUCUGACCACACCCUUCUCUACCCCCCACAGCAUCAGUAGAUGAGAGCUCGUCCAGUGCGUCCUGCUCCACAGAGCCCCAGACCAGGCUGAGUAGGUCUGGAGUCUCUGGACAGGUGCGCUCCGAAGCCCAGGCACAGACCCGACUAAGCCGAUCCAGACAGGUAUGCUUUACCUCCCCCAACCUGGGCUGUCUGUAUGUGUAAUGUUGGUCAAUGGGGAUUGUGCAUAGAUUGAGUCUGAAGAGGUUUUGGAUGUGAGUACUAGAUGCAUAAUAAAUAAUUGCGUAUUGAAGAUCCCCUUAAUCUCUGACUUAGUGAUAACAUCAGUCUUGGCGUUCUAUUACCUCUCACCAUGUCCCCUUCUCUCCUUCGCUGCAGUCGGGCAGACAGAGGAAGAAGGCUGUGAUGAUGCCGCGCGUGGUCCUCACUCCACUCAAGGUCAAUGGUGAACACGUUCCAUCAGGUUAGCACUGCUCUCUGCUACCCUAACCCCAUCUCUCUGUGCCCACACACACUCUUCCUGGGCAGCAAAUUGUGGUAGCAUUACACACUGACACCUUUGAGUCAUAUUCCUACGGUGGUCUUGGACCAUUUCUCACCCAGCAUUGGCCUCUGUUCCUUUUGCCAGUCUUUUAAUGUAUGUGUUGCCUAUUUACUGUUGCAGCAGCAUUAUUAGACAGUAACCUCUGAGCUCUUCAAGUUCCUCAGUAAACUUUGGGUAACGCAAACACCCGUCUGUGAAUGGCCUUCAAACUGUUUUCUCAUUAGCACAAUCUAUGGGAAGAGUGUAGGAAUGGCUAGUGUUCCUGCAGUUGCCGUGUUGACAUCCCACCAAAAGAUGACCUGUGUGCUCUAGUGUUGGGUGAUUUUACGAUUGGAUCGUCUAUCAAUUAUGUUUGACAGCCAUCGUCGAGCUUGAUGUCACAAAAGAUGGUUUGAAUUGGACUACACCUCCGGAGUCUGGUGGUGCACAAGAGCGCAGCGCAGUGAGCACACAGCAGGGUGACCUGCAAAAUGGCCCAUUCCCUAUUUGCCAUAGCCUAAAUACAUGUGGUAGUUAGACUAUUAACAUAUUGCAAGAGAACAAUGCAGAUUGUAGAAAGAGCGGAGAGCACCAAAGCAGCGCAUAAUGUCCGAUGGGGCCUAACAUGCUGUCUAGACCGGGCACACGUGUGCGCCAUCGCGCGCAUGUUGAUUUUGUUCAUCCACACCAGACGCGAUCCAGACACGCAGAUUGAAAUAUCAAAACGAACUCUGAACCAACUAUAUUAAUUUGGGGACGGGUCGAAACGCAUUAAACAUUCAUGAUCAUUUAGCUAGCUUGCUGUUGCUAGCUAAUUUGUCUUGGGAUAUAAACAUUGGGUUGUUAUUUUACCUGAAAUGCAUAUGGUCCUUUUUUUCUGGGUCUUUGUAGAAUUUUGACCCAUAUUGAGUCACACAAAAUUGUAUGUUCUCUACUCCAACAAUUAAUCCACAGAUAAAAUUGGAAACCUAGUUAGUUUCUAAUCUCUUCUCCUUCAGUAGUAGUAGUAGUCUUCUUCUGUGGACUCUAUGUCGAUUGGCAACCGACUUUAAGGUGUAUUACCACCACGACUGGAGUGUGGACCUCAGUUCAUCUUUCAAUCACCUACGUGGGUACAGUGGGGGAAAAAAGUAUUUAGUCAGCCACCAAUUGUGCAUGUUCUCCCACUUAAAAAGAUGAGAGAGGCCUGUAAUUUUCAUCAUAGGUACACGUCAACUAUGACAGACAAAUUUGAGAAAAAAAAAUCCAGAUAUUCACAUUGUAGGAUUUUUUAUGAAUUUAUUUGCAAAUUAUGGUGGAAAAUAAGUAUUUGGUCACCUACAAACAAGCAAGAUUUCUGGCUCUCACAGACCUGUAACUUCUUUAAGAGGCUCCUCUGUCCUCCUCUCAUUACCUGUAUUAAUGGCACCUGUUUGAACUUGUUAUCAGUAUAAAAGACAACUGUCCACAACCUCAAACAGUCACACUCCAAACUCCACUAUGGCCAAGACCAAAGAGCUGUCAAAGGACACCAGAAACAAAAUUGUAGACCUUCCCCAGGCUGGGAAGACUGAAUCUGCAAUAGGUAAGCAGCUUGGUUUGAAGAAAUCAACUGUGGGAGCAAUUAUUAGGAAUAAUAAUAAUCUCCCUCGAUCUGGGGCUCCACGCAAGAUCUCACCCCAUGGGGUCAAAAUGAUCACAAGAAUGGUGAGCAAAAAUCCCAGAACCACACGGGGGGACCUAGUGAAUGACCUGCAGAGAGCUGGGACCAAAGUAACAAAGCCUACCAUCAGUAACGCACUACGCCGCCAGGGACUCAAAUCCUGCAGUGUCAGACGUGUCCCCCUGCUUAAGCCAGUACAUGUCCAGGCCCGUCUAAAGUUUGCUAGAGUGCAUUUGGAUGAUCCAGAAGAGGAUUGGGAGAAUGUCAGAUGAAACCAAAAUAGAACUUUUUGGUAAAAUCUCAACUCGCCAUGUUUGGAGGACAAAGAAUGCUGAGUUGCAUCCAAAGAACACCAUACCUACUGUGAAGCAUGGGGGUGGAAACAUCAUGCUUUGGGGCUGUUUUUCUGCAAAGGGACCAGGACGACUGAUCCGUGUAAAGGAAAAGAAUGAAUGGGGCCAUGUAUCGUGAGAUUUUGAGUGAAAACCUCCUUCCAUCAGCAAGGGCAUUGAAGAUGAAACGUGGCUGGGUCUUUCAGCAUGACAAUGAUCCCAAACACACCGCCCGGGCAACGAAGGAGUGGCUUCGUAAGAAGCAUUUCAAGGUCCUGGAGUGGCCUAGCCAGUCUCCAGAUCUCAACCACAUAGAAAUUAUUUGGAGGGAGUUGAAAGUCCGUGUUGCCCAGCGACAGCCCCAAAACAUCACUGCUCUAGAGGAGAUCUGCAUGGAGGAAUGGGCCAAAAUACCAGCAACAGUGUGUGAAAACCUUGUGAAGACUUACAGAUAACGUUUGACCUGUGUCAUUGCCAACAAAGGGUAUAUAACAAAGUAUUGAGAAACUUUUGUUAUUGACCAAAUACUUAUUUUCCACCAUAUUUUGCAAAUACAUUCAUUAAAAAUCCUACAAUGUGAUUUUCUGGAUUUUUUUUUCUCAUUUUGUCUGUCAUAGUUGACGUGUAUCUAUGAUGAAAAUUACAGGCCUCUCUCAUCUUUUUAUGUGGGAGAACUUCCACAAUUGGUGGCUGACUAAAUACUUUUUUUCCCCACUGUAUAUGCUCCUAAAAAUGAGGAGAUGGGAGAGGCGGGACUUGCAGUGCGUGAAGUGUCAAAAAUUGAACCGAGGAUGAGUGGUAUAUGACCAAUAUACCACGACGCAACACGGAGUGCCUGGACACAGCCCUUAGCCGUGGUAUAUUGGCCAUAUAUCACAAACCCCCGGGGUGCCUUAUUGCCAUUAUAAACUGUUUACCAACGUAAUUAGAGCAGUCAAAAACAAACAUGUUUUGUCAUACCCGUGGUCUGAUAUACCACGGCUGUCAGCCAAUCAGCAUUCAGGGCUCGAACCACCCAGUUUAUAAUAUUCGUUUUUUUUAAAUAUAUAACUGAUAUCUAUGUAUUUUUAUGGACAAGAGAAACAUAGCCCUACCAAUUUGAAAAUCAUUCUGCAGCCUAGACUAGAUAGAAAAAAUAACUAGGCCUUGCAAUGUAUCCUUAAUAUUGCAAAAAAAUUGACGAUACAGUCGUAUAUCAACGAUGUUUGGACAGGACGAUGUGUCAUUCCAGACAUCGCCCAACCCUAGUGUGCUCCUCAUGUUUGACCGUGCUCCUCGUGUGGGCGGCAGGUAGCUUAGUGGGUAAGAGCGUUGUGCCAGUAACCGAAAGGUCGCUUGUUCUAAUCCCCGAGCUGACUAGGUGAAAAAUCUGUCAAUGUGCCCUUGAGCAAGGCACUUAACCCUAAUUGCUCCUGUAAGUCGCUCUGGAUAAGAGCGUCUGCUAAAUGACUAAAAUGUAAUGUAAAUGUGUGCACCCAGAGUCUUUCUCUCAUUCUGAGGUUCCCCUGAAAAUCCUCACCUCUUGUGUCUGUCAGUCUCUUCCAAUAUCUGUCCUCCCUGCUUCUUUCUGUGUGUACCUGGAAUAUCAGUCCCUCCCUCCUGCCUUACAUUUAGCUGCCCAGUAAACACAAUUGCUCUGUAUGAGAUGGGGUGAGGUGAGCACUUUCUCAGAUGUCUGCUGCACCCUACCCCCCACCCUCCUCUCUGUGUUUGUGGGCCUGGGUAACUACUCCUCCUGCUUUGUUAUGUGCUGCUCACCCCUCCCAACCCCCAAUCCCACCCGUGCUAUUGGCUCUGCUGUCCCCCCUUUUGGAUUGUCUGCCUGACCCGCCCUCCCCGCCUGCUCGCUUUUAAGUCCCCCCUUACACACGUGACGGGAGUGUCUCACCAGGCUCCCCCUCCCCCCACCUCUCCCCCUCAGGAGCAGCGGGGAGGCGCAGGGAAGGCUCUAGGGGGGGUCCAGGCCCCACACUCCGUGCCCGCCCCGAACUGGCUAGCUGGAAACGCCCCCAGCACUUCAAGAGCAUUCGUGGCCACCACUCAGGUACAGGGGUUAGACCCGGGUAUAAUCACCCCCAACCAACCUCCCCCCUCAGUAACCCCGAAAAUGCCAAACCCCUCUCUCCCCCUCAGUCCACCCAAUUAUCAAACCCUAAACAAUUAGCAACCUUAAAAUCCCCUGGAUUUGUGAAAGCUUAGUCUGUAGGAUUGUGGUUGAAUUCAACAAAAGUAUAUCUCACUUCAUUGGCUGUCCCAAUGUAUUUAGUCUAAUUCAGCGGGGAGGGGGACGGGUUCAGCUGUGAACCAGUUAAUUUUUUUCUUCCCAUCACUGUUCAUGACACCUUUGACAGAGAGAUAUGCCUGAUGGAAUCUGAACUGUAAACAACUUGACACAUCUUUAUAUCUUAUGACUUGAAUUUAGCUAUCAUAAAGGAAAAGGCCAAACAUCAUAGUCUGGAUAUAGUACACCAUCUGUAGAACUAUUAUAUAGAUGUUGCGCAGGUCAGCCGUCUACAAAUGCGGACUUUGGCUCAGUCUCACAGACUGACAGGGUGAUUUGGUAGCUAACUAAUGCUACACUGGUCUCUAACAUGGUCAGGAUUGCAUUGGUCGCUAAUGCUAACAGAACAGCAGUGCUUUGCAGGUUGUUAACUGAAUGCCAGGGUCGUCUAGCUAUCCCAACACUGGCCAUACGGCCAGGACUUACUUAACCGCUCACUGACUGACAGCUGUUGUGAUUGUGUUGGCUGCUAAACUAAACGCCUACUGUGCUGCUGCUGGCUCUUAACUGGAGUUGUUUUGGCUGGCAAUGGAAUGGCCACGCUGUGCUUGCUGUUAGUUGAAUGAAUGUGUUUAAACCCAGGGUUGGAUAGCAUUAGCCACUUGCUAACCCGUGCAGGCCUAUGGGUUGUGUUUGUCUGCAGGGCCCAUGAAGAGGAGCCGAGGUGGGGUGGAGGUGGACUUUGAGACACCUGGCUCAAUCCUGGUCAACACAAACAUCAGGGCCCUCAUCAACAUGCGCACUUUCUCUGCCUUCCCAGCCCAGUACCAACAGCAACUCCUGCAGCUCCUCCCUGAAGUCGACCGCCAGGUGAGUGCGCAUGCUCAUAAUUUAUCAUUAUAGUUAUAAUUUAUAACUGUUAGGGACAGUUUCCAGGACCCAGGUUACGCUUUUCCCUGGAAUAAAAAGCUUUUUCAAUGGAGAUUCCCCAUUGGCGCGUGCCUUUUAGUCCAGCCCAUAAUGCAGGGUUCUUCAAUUCCGGUCCUGGAGGGCCGAAACACCUCUGUUUUUCAUCCUCUCCUUCUAAUCAGGGUCUAAUUCAGACCUGGGACAACCAGGUGAGUGCAAUUAACUACCAGGUAGAAAUAAAAAACAGAAGUGUUUCGGCCCUCCAGGACCGGAAUUGAAGAACCCUGCCAUAAUGUCUCAUCAUUUCUGUGCCAUAUUGUUUUUGGUAUUUCUCUGUACAGCUCCAUGUCUGUGAAUGUAACCCAGUAUGUUCUGUCCUGUCUUCUCUAGGUGGGACCUGACGGUCUGGCUCGCCUCAGUAACUCGGCUCUCAACAAUGAAUUCUUCACUCACGCCUCCCAGAGCUGGAAGGAAAGGCUCGCUGAGGGUUAGUACCUACCGGUAGUUAGUUAUACUAUACAGAUAUAAUGUGAUCGAGGGGGUUAGUGACUGGCUACACAUAUAGGGAACUCCUUCCCUUCAGGAUUUAAUUGCCUAUCAAUUUAUUUUACCAGGAACAUUUCCAGGUAUUUUUCCAGAAAUAACAUGGUGUACAAUAAUAACCCUCUUGGAAAUUCAGUACCAGAAAGGACCCAUUGAUACUACAACAUAGCUUCCUAGUAAAUACCAGGGGAAACUGAAUCAGUCAAUACACAAAUUCAUGUAUUAUUUAAAACGCAAUAGCCAGAUAUUGGUGGGUUAAUCUUGGCCAAUAUUGUUUGACCUGCUCAGGGGAGUUCACCCACGAGAUGCAGGUGCGAUUUCGCCAGGAGAUGGAGAAGGAGAAGAAAGUGGAGGCAUGGAAGGAGAAGUUCUUUGAGGAGUACCACGGUCAAAAGUAAGUCUCCUAAACACCCCCAGUCACAACAUCGUUAUUUUUUAAGCUCCCUCUUAUUCCAUGGACCAUUAGAAAAUUACUUACAUUAUUUCAAUUGGGUGAACAUUUAUUUUAUAAAUGGUAUAUACUCUGAGUACUAACGUUGUUCUAUGGCUGCAGGUCUGGCCUGACCCGGGAAGAGUCUCUGAAGUUGACGAUGAGUGAAGCGGCCGAUGCUGCCGCCAGCGUCCUGGAGAGUGAGGUGGCCUCUGUGGCUGCAGGAACACCCAAGCGCCGCGGUGUGGGCAGGCGGCGGCGGGACGGCAGGAUGAGACGGCGAACGCGUGCAGACUUGAGACGCAGGGCACGACGCACCCUCUGCAAGACCAACUCCCCUGCCCUGCAGACCCCUGAGCAGCCGGAGGGCACGCUCCCUCUAGAUGCUGUUGCCUCUGUCUCUGUGCCCUCGCCCGUCCCAGAGGCCACCAUGGUGCAGGGAGAGGUGGUGCUGCAAGCCGAAUCUGGACUGGAGACCCCAGCCCAGUGUGCCUCCCUAGAGCCCACGCCCUGCCCUUCCCCUGUGCCCACGCUCCUGUCUGUGACCCUGCCCGAGCCUGAGCCUGAGCCCACCCCGACCCCAAGUCCCAGCCCCAGCCCUGCAUCCAUCAGUGCCACCGACGAGCCUGAAGUCACCGCCCGCCUGCUCCCUGAAGAGCCUGUACCUGCCGUCGCCUCAACCUCCUCUCCCUCCUCCUCGUCUUCCUCCUCCUCGUCCUCCUCCCCUUCCUCCUCUCCCUCCUCGACCUCCGAGAGGCAGGGGGCGUUCACCGCCGGCUUGGACUCUUCCUCCUCUUCCUCCUCCUCCACGGCCGCUGCCACCGCCGAUCCGCUGGACGAUGGGGCUUCCGUGGUCACCUCGGUCACGGGGGGCACGGCCACCAGCAGCCAGGAGAGCAGCCCUGCAGCCAGCCCCACCCCCACUGCCGCCACCUCCACCCAGGCCAAGGAGCAGAAGAGGAGGCCAGACGAGACCCAGGCCUUCUCCAGCUUCCCCGAGAAGAGGCCGCGAAUGGAAGAUCGUCAGUCCUUUCGUACCACAAUCGACGGGGUCCACACGGAAAAGCCGCAGCCGACAGCAGAGGAGCCCAAGGUCCCACCUAUCCGGGUAUGAAGUCACCAUUUGUAAUUGUAAGUCUUUAUUGUGGCUGUAGUGGGGCAGUGGCAGGCACCCAAUUUCCUUAGACCUGGAGUCCACAUUCUGUAAAGUAAGUUUGAUUAUUUUGUGAUUUCUGUCACAAAACAUUUCAAAUCAACUUGACAAAGACUAACUUCUUUCUCUGAAGAUGGUAAAUCAAUAGUGAUGAUUGACUCUGGGUUUCGGUGUGGGAUUAUUAGCCAAUCAAUGCAUGCUAAUGUCCUGUAUAUGGCCUUGGUAAAUUCCAUAUUUGACAUGCUCUCCUUGUUUGUGUCCCUCUAGAUUCAACUCUCCAGAAUCAAACCGCCCUGGGUCAAAGGGCCGCCAACCUACCAGAUCUGUCCCCGCAUUGUGCCCCCCGGCGAGGGCUUGCGGCGCACGGGGACGGGGGCGCGCACCCUGGCGGACAUCAAAGCCCGCGCCCAGCAGGCCCGGGCCCAGCGCGAGGCCGCUGCUGCUGUUGCAGCCACUGGGGACGGGCCAGGGCCUGGCGGGGGCAGGGCUGGUUCUGGGCUACCGGAUCGCAGCAGUGGAAGACGAACUCGAGAGCACCCAGGACCCGUCGAGCCCGGAGGAGGAGGAGCAGGAGACGUGGAGGAGCAGGGAUCGCCUGCGGGCUCUCAUCCGCCUGGAACACAACUACAGCUGUCCAAUGUAGAGCCCUCCUCUACCCCAACCCCCCACACAGCUUCCUCGUCCCCCUCCCUGUCUACCUCCUCCAACCCCUCCCUGUCCUCUUCCGAGUCCCCGCAGACCCCCACUCCACCCCUACCCACCCAGGAGGAGCGGCUGGGGGAGCUGAGUGGGGAGGAGGGGGCCACACUAACACCACCACCAGUCAAAGGCACCACCAACGGACUCUCGGACAAGGCAGCGCUGCUGGAGCCUGAGUCUGUGUCCAGCCACCUCCAAGGGCGAAGUGAGGAGGCUGACUGUGACAGGACAGCGACCCAAAGCGGUCCCCUGGCACCCACCUCCAUCCCAGAUUCUCUGCCCAGGUUUGGGGCCCAGGGAGUGGACGUGAUCAGGUCCCUGGCUGGCACCGAGCAGGCCAGGGGGGGAGGAGGGGGUGUCAUCCAGCAUGGUUCCCACCACGUGGGACCACAGGAGAACCCCCCCACCCCGGCUAGAGAGGGCCGCAUCCAGGGCGAAAGGCAGCAGUCGCAGCCCCCGGUGAGGGAAAGCGAUACAGCCUCCCUCCCUUGUCUUCCACCCUCAGUCAGAGAGGACGACGCAGGGCAUCACAGCGACUCCACGGAGACGGCCUCCGACUGCGGGAACGAGAGCCAGGAGGAGGAGCCCCACCUGAGCACAUGGCGCCACCACCUUCCAGCUCAGCGCAAUGGCAACAUCCAGCACCUCCAAAGGCUAUCUCAGCAGGCCCAUGGCCAGCCUGUGAUCUGCAGUCCCCCUUCACAGCAGAACCAGCAGCCGGUCAUCCAGGCCCAUGUGUCCAACCACCACGGCCACAGCCAGACGGUUAUCCAGCCCUGCUUCCCCAACGGCCUGCCCAGCCAGAGUCUCAUGCAGCUGGGCCAAAAGCCGCAGCAGCCUGGACACACUCCCCACCCAGACCAACAGGCUCUCGCUGCGCCACACCCCAAAGCCCAGAGGGGGCACAAAACAGACCCCAUGGAAGACUACAAAGCGUCCAGCCGGUGCUUGGCUGAUGAGGACUGUAGGCUGGGGCUGAAUCCCUCUCCCAUCGCUAGCUCCAAGAGGCUCCCUAGUUUGGCCCGGCCCGUAUCCACAGUGGAGGCCAACAACCCUCUGGUCACCCAGCUGCUCCAAGGCAGCCUCCCGCUGGAGAAAGUCCUGCCGCAGACGCACUCGGCUAGCAAGCUGGAGAUCAACCGCCUGCCAGAGGGGCUCCAGUCAGCUCCCCAGUCCCAGCUCAGCCGGCAGCAACAGACCAGGAACCCGGGCCCUCGCUUCAGGGGCCCCCCAGAGUCCAGUACGGUGGAGUCACUGGUCCCCGAGUUGUCCUCUCAGAACCAGCAGAAGUCCCCUGCUGGCCGAGGAGGCUCCCCUGGAGCAGGCCGGAGCUUCGGGUCCUCUCCCCCAGGCACGGUGCCCUCCCGCAUGGCCUGCCUGCUGGAGGAGGCCUCCUCUCGGGCCACGGCAAUGCAGCAGUAUCUCUCCCAGCAGCCAGGUGGUGCUGUGCCCCCUGGGGCCGUGCCCGUCAUCACAUCCCUCUCUUCUUCGUCCUCUUCCUCCAGACGCAACUCCCAGGAGUCGGCCAUCAUCCGAGAGUCUCCGGAGAGGCACCACAACAACUUUCCUCAGCCCCGGGCCACCCCGGACGCCCCUUCACCCCCGCACGGUAACCUCUGCCUCUCUGACGUGGUCCCCACCGUCAAGAUCAACUGGCACCCUUCCAAACCCCACCCCCCGCACCAACAGCAGCUCUCGCCCGUACCCAGCGUGAAGAGCGAGGUCACCUCCCGGCCCUCUUGCCAAACUCUUGCCAAAACCUCCCCCUCUGGCCCCAUGGUAGGCGGUGGGCCAGGUGUGGUGGUCACCAAAAAGGAGGCAGUGAACUCUAUGGACGGUUACCUGACUGGAGGAGGGGUAGGAGGAGGUGGGGCUAUGGAGGGACUGUUGAACAUGGAGAUUUCCUUAGCCCGCAUGGCAAAGAAGGAGGCGCAGAGCAAAGCUCAGUACUCCUCUUCAUCUUCCCCCUCCUCCCUCCCUUUCCAGCUGUACGGAAAGCUGCCCAAGCAGGGCGGGGGAGGCGGCGUGGCAGCGCCCGGCUUCAGCUACACGGCCAACGUGUCUGUGGUGGACGGCAGCGGCUUCUCGAGGAGCAUCGCUGACGGCGUCCUGCAGCUGCGUCAGCGCCACAGCGCCAGCCAGAGCGCCACGCUCAGCAUCCAGGCGUUCGCAGACAGCGCCGCUGAGGAGGUGGCCCUCAAGUGCUCGUGCCGCCUCAAGGCCAUGAUCAUGUGCCAGGGCUGCGGGGCCUUCUGCCACGACGACUGCAUCGGCCCCUCCAAACUGUGUGUGUCCUGUCUGGUGGUCAGAUAG